AUGCGUUUUGCUGUUCGCAAUCUUACGAGCACUGAUGGCGAGGGUCAUCGAGGCAUGUGUACCGGAGUAGCUCUAAAGGCAGCUAGCUCCCAUACGGGGGGUGUGGCAGAGAUCAUAUCUGCAGGAGAUGAUCAAAGGGUCCUCCGUUGGCACCAGAAGGAUGGCACUCUACUCGGCGAGCUCUGCACAGUAGACUCUCAUAUCACCACAAUGGCUGCUUAUCGAGGUGACGAGACGAUGGUGUUGGGAUGCUCUGACGGUAGCAUUCGGUUCAUCAACAGUACAUCAGGGAAAGAGGAGAGAAGAGCUCAACAGAAGCAUGCGGGAUCCGUGACUUACCUCCGUUGGGACCAUGAGGGCCAAUUACUCUGUUCCUGUGGUGAGGAUGGAACUGUGAAGGUCUGGUCUCGCACCGGUAUGAUCCGUUCACAGCUAGCACAGGUGUCAACAGCGGUAGUUAGUGCCGCUUGGUCCCCAGAUAGCGAGACUAUAGCGUUUACAUGUGGGCCAUCGAUGCAUUUGAAGACUCUCGUGGCUGGUCGUGGUCUCAUCCAGUGGAAAGCCGUCGAUAACGGGUCGGAAGGCACUCCUUGUGGUGAAGUGCUCUGUUUGGACUGGAGUCCCGUCACAAAGCUCAUAGUAUCGGGCAGUGAGGACUGCCGAUACCGUAUAUGGCAGGCAACAGGACAGCUACUGUAUCGCAGUGAUCUACUGGAGCAUGCUGCUACAGCGGUUCAGUGGACCCCCAGUGGCAAACUCCUGGCCGUUGGAGUAUCCGAUAUGAUCAAGUUAUGUGAUGCUACUGGAUGGGGGCAUUCACACACUAACCUCUCUGGUCUCGAUCAUGCCCUGUAUCAACAAUGCGGCAAUACGAGUCCCGGUGCUUGCUCUCCGUUCGCCCUCUGCUGGAGUCCGGAUGGUACUCAGUUGAUCAUGGGUAUGGGAGACGGAUCCGUCCUAGUCGCGGAUGUGAUCGGCCGUACUUGCUCGUGGCUCAAUGUGGAGGUCGUACUCAUUGAUGCACAUACCGUUGUUAUUAAGGACUACACCGUAGAGACGACAGAGGAGACCAUGGACUUCACUGAUCGAGUUACCGACCUCCAUAUAGGCUACGGUCAUCUCAUCGUGACCACUUCUUCUCAGUGUUUUGUGUACAGUCGUCGAAUGACUGGCGAAGAGGCCGAUUCGGUUUCCUGGUUGACCAAUCCAAUUGUAGAAGAUCUCAACGGUGGCGGAAUUGAUCGAUCAUGGCACGCCGAGUUUCCAAGUGUAGAUCCGACCUCCCUCAUUGUCCAGUGUAGCGAGAUCUUCUGUCUGGUUGAUGCUAAGGGCAUUGGCAUCUACGCUUACGAUAGGAGGAGUAGAUUGUCCUACCUUCGGCCCUCCAGCCAGCAGAGGUUGGACUUCCUCACUCACCUCACUGUAACGAUUUCGAAGGAUACGCUCGUGUAUGUCGACCCAUCGAACCCAUGUAGCCUCUGCGUGUAUGACCUUGUAUCGUCUGGUGGAGGGUCCUCUGGGAAGGGCCCCAUGACGCUAUCUCACAAUGUUGAAGUAACACAAGUUGGCCUCUCACAGAUAGGGGACGUAGCCGACAGAAAGCUCGCCUUUCUGGACAAAAAUGGGGUACUUGCCAAGUGGGAGCCCGAUCUAUGGCUCACUGCUGGCUAUCCACAGUACAUAUCGAUGAAGACAUCUGGACAGGAUAAGAUGCCUAAGCUGAAGGCCAUGGUCUGCAACUAUGCUUGUGCUACCGAGGCUACCUUCGCUUGA